AUGAAGCCUACCAUUCUUUACGCGCUGAUCAGCGCCGAUCUCGCCAGCGCUGUCGUGCAGCUGUCAUUCGCUAAACAAGCCGCCCACAAAUAUGUCAAAAGUUCCCGGCGCGACAAUGAAGUUCAGGCCAAGCUCUGGUGGGCAGAAUGGACUUACGUCGUGAAUGCGACCGUCGGGACACCUGGACAGCCAGUGUCAUUGAUAAUCUCACCCUCGGCGUCAGACACUUGGGUUCCAGAUGCUCAUUCAUACGAAUGCACCGAAUACGAGCCUGACGAAUACUGCAAAUGGGGCACUUUCGAGUUUGAAGAGUCGUCCACUUAUGAGGCUCAAGCACCUAGCGAUUACUCAGAUUCUUAUUACUCCAGCAGUGGCUUUUCAUAUGAUUACACUGAUGGCAAUUAUGGUUAUGGAGAGUACUUCAAUGAUGUUCUUGACCUGGGAGGUGUGGGCGUGACCAAUUUCUCCAUGGGUCUCGUCAAUCAGACCUCUCGAUGGAUUGGAACUUUGGGCAUCGGGUACAACGAUAGCACCUAUUCAAAUCUUCCGGACCGUCUUCUAGAAAAUGGAUUGAUCAACAGCACGGCAUAUAGCGUCUGGCUCGAUGACGAGAGGGCUACCACCGGAAGCCUACUUUUCGGAGCCAUCGACACCGCCAAAUUCUCAGGAAAUUUAACUCGCAUCAACGCUUCCAAGUACAGCUCAAACUACCUUUCUUUUGGGAUCUAUCUUAACUCAAUCAACGCCACUACUGACGACUCUUCGUCUGUCUAUACUCUUGACUCCGUGGAGUUGCCGCUGUCAGUUAGCGUUUCGCCGUCGGACUCUAUCUCCAUCUUGCCUACAGAUAUUGCCACACAAAUCUGGCAAUUGGUCGGCGCCACAUAUGAUGAAGAUUGGGGAAGAGCUUUGAUUUCAUGCGACGCCGCCAACAGCACUGAGACGUUCACGUUCCAGCUCGCCGGCACCGAUGGCCCUAUCAUUGAAGCGACCAUGGCUGACCUGGUGAUCUCGGCUGAUCAAUUUGUCGACUCAACCUGGAGCUGGGACACAAGCAGUGAAAUCACGCAGUGUCUAUUUGGUAUCCAAAACAGCAGCUCCUACUAUUACUAUUACGAUGACUACUAUACCCUGGGCAGCACGCUGCUACGCCGGACAUAUACCGUUUUUGAUCUAGUCAAUGACGAGGUCGCUGUUGCUCCAGUCAAUUUUGGGUCUGAUGAGAGCAAUGUUGUCCCAUUCCCCGUGUACGGCGCCACGAUUCCUUCUGCUACCCUGAAGUGCGGCAGUUAUGGAUGCUAUACAGGGACUGCAACAUCGUAUACAGGAAGUGGCGGUGGCAGUGGCUCUGGAGGCUCUGGGGACGGUGAUUCUGAUUCCAGUGACCCGCGUGGCCUAGGCAUGCCUUCAGUCCCGGCGGUGGUGGGAGCUAGUCUGGGUGCAGGUCUAGGAGCGCUCCUAAUUGCAGGAGUCGUCUUACUGAUCCUUCGACACCGAAAGCGGAGUCAGACACCGUCGUCUGAGUACGUCGCCGAGGUGGUCAAUCGAGGUCAGGGACAGACGGAAACAACAGAGGCGAAUGAGUCUCAAGCAAUCAACGGCGAGCAGCUCAGCAGUCGGGCCAGUGGAAAAGCACCGGAAAUGAGUCUCCCAACACCUCCGCCGCCUGUUGCAAUGUCGAGGAUUUCUGAGUCUGAGGAGGCGCGUCGAAGCCUGGAGGAGGCAAGCGGCGGUCACGGCAAAUCGACAAAUGUUUAA